GUGAAGAAACAAUGUUUGCCAUGAGACAACAGUUUAAUGAUCGGGAACUGACACAAAUAUUUAUCCGUUUUUAAAAUCAUAAAGAUGUGAAGUUUAAAGAACAGCGAACAAUAUUUAAUGAGAAACUAGUUUUGUAUAGGCAGCAAAGAACUAUGUUAAAGUGGUUGGCCGGACCUGGGGUAAAGGAAGGGAGUAAAGGAAUCAGUAUAACCAGUGAUCCUCUUGCUACAAUCCAUAAUAAGAGAAGGAGUAAACAUGUUUAUUCUGUUAACAGGAUGAACCCGCUCUACAGUGGGGAAGAGGACCCGGAUGGGAUGGGACGGGACGGAGCUCGGAGAAGAAAUGAGGACGGAGGAAGUGAUGGUUCAAGAUCUCCGAGUUAUAGCAAUCCUUCUUCUAGCUCCGGGUAUGGGUCCAAUCCCACAACAUUAGACCGGCUGCGGGUUCUUUUUCUAACAUCUCUUUGGAUAUCCACAGGAUCAUUGGAGAAAGACGCGGAGAGAGAAGAAACUGAGGAGGAUGGAAAACCACUACACGUUACUAGAACGCUAUUGAACUCCUACGCUGAGAUAGAAUCAUUAGCAACCAGGACUGAUUCCAUUCCUGCUCCAGUUUGGCCUGCGGACCCAAUCAAUCCUAGAACCAUCAGUUCUUCUCCUGUCCUGAGUAGAUCACACCGAACUCUACUCCAGGUGGGAGAGGAUACUGACACAUUCUCCCGGAAGGUUGGGAAUGUUGCACUCCAGGUGCAGAAGUUAACUGAGAAAGAUCUCAGGUUUGACCGUAAGUUUGUCUCAAAACUGGAGGUUGGAACUAAAAGUGAUUUUUUGCAAUCCCGAGAUCAGAGAACCAAAGAACGUCGGCGAGAUGAAAAAUCUUUCAAGAGAACGGAUCAAAGAUCAAGUUUAAGAUCCGAACCUCUUCAAAUGCACAGAGAUAUUGACCGAGAUAGUUUCAGAGCACUUAAAAAGAACAAUUAUAAACCUCGAAGAUCCUUUGCUGGACACUCAAACCUACGGCGAGGAGAGUUUAGUAACCGGAGUUCAAGAACUCCGAAAAUAAUCAGCAAUUCUAAAUAUGUAAAGAAGAUACUUGUUAAUCAGGAACCCUCCCGAUCAUGGCCUGGAUCCCAACGAGGAUAUUCGGAUAAAACUAAGACGGGUGUAACCUAUCCUGCUCCGGGUACAGGGGACGACAGAUGCUUUAGUAUUAGACACCAGGCCAUGUCUCCUAUCGGAGAGGAGGGAGAGAGAGGACAUGACUCUUUGGUUACACAUUCCUUGCUUCAGUUCACUAGUUUCUCUCCUACCCAGGAUAGUUAUGAGGACGGGACGGAGAUUAACGAGGCUGGGUUUGGUAAGGAGGAUAUGGAUCAGGUUAUAAACGAGCUGAGCAAGGCCGUCAUGAAGUCUAAAGGAGUAAGUACUUUAACCAGAGCUGUAUCAAGAGCUAGAUCCUCGCAAAGAUCCCAGCAUUCCGUUCGUAGCUCAAUCAGAAGAUCUUUCCGUCAUCGGAGUUCUCGGAGAAAAAAACCCCGAAGCAGAACGGAAAGUUUAAGACAAGGAGCAGGAAUUGAAUCAAUGCGAGACCUAUGGGAGAAAACAGGGAUGAAGACCAACGGUAGAAAACUUCUUAUUGAGAGUGAGGAUGAGCUAAAUGAUGGUCGAGUAAACCUCGGAUAUGAAAGUGAUCUGAGUGAUGUUUCAAUCCCUAUUCGGAAUGGACGACGGAAAACUGUCAGUCAAAGCUCGACCGCCAGCUAUGAAAGUGAGAAUCGUAAACCUAGGUUGGUACGAAGUGAUACAGGAGGUAGUUGGGAGCUAAAGGGAGGAGGUAGAAGGGAUGGGUUGGACACUGUGGAUCUGGAUCGGGUUUCCGUCGAAGACGAAAGUGAUUCAAGCGCUAAACAUGUAAGAUUCUCGAGCCGGAGUAAACUAAAUGACUCCGAAAGACUGGUUUAUGAAAAAAUGCCUCCGACACGAUGGGUGUCCUCCAACUCUAGUGUCUGGGAGAGAUACUACGGGUCUGCUGGUAUCCGUGAUCUCAAUACAACAGAGCUUGGAGGGUUUAAGAGAUCCUCCGGAGAAAACUUUGGCUCCGGGUUUACCUUGGAUCAGAUGUCUAGCAAUCUACUCCGGAAAAAUGAGCAGAAGAAGAAAAGAUUGAAAUGUUUCUGUAAUGCAUUCUGCGUUUUUCUUCUUCUCUCAACCUUUCUCCUGGUCAUAGUAGCGGUCAGUGUUCUACUAACCAGGGGGAAAAACCAUUUUGGUUCCAUGUAAUUUAAGAGACUGUGCACUGUACAUGAGUUAUGUUUGAGGAAGAGAUCAACCUAUUUUACAAUUUAAAAUAUUUUUAUAUUUAUAAAAGAAUAAUUUAAAUAUUUUAUUAAUUAUAAUUUAACUGUGAUACAUUAGGUAGCUAUUUAUGCAUUUUUAUACUUAAUUUAAAUAUAUUAUGUGGAUGUCAAAUUGUUUUAACAAA